CUUCGUUUCCCAAAUUCUUCUUCUAUUCUUCAACUUCGGAUCCAAGACAACUUCGUUCGUUCGAUUGUGCCUAGUUGACCUACUUCGUUCUUUUUGGCACUCUGUGUAGUUGUAUAGAAUUCAAGUCUUAAACGCGACCUCGAGUCCUCUUUCGACCUUUUCCGAGUCUUCCGCGUCCACCUAUGCAACAUACUCGAACCAAUUGAUAAAGCACGAUGAUGUACUCGUCCACCCCAGCCAUAGGAGCAGCAUUGCUGUUUUCCUUGGCAUCUGCUGUACCGAAUGUUCGUCCUAGGGAUACGACCGAUGCAGCCCUUCAACCCUGGGUUACAGUCAAUGAUGAUGGUAAACCAAGUACAGUCACGCCGGUUCUCAGCACCGUCAGCGGAACGCCUACCGUCAUAUCAGGCGCUCCCCACGAUUUGACCGCUACCGUCUUUACUGAGACAAGUUACGGCAAAGUUUCUACUAGCACAGGUACUGCUCCGAUGGCUACCGCUACUGGGGGCGAAGGAGCCGGCUCGUUCCAGGCCUGCCAUAAUAAGGAUGGAGAUGGUGCCCCUUGGUGUCAACCAACUGCUGGAUCCCCAUUGUAUCCUGGUGUUACGUAUUACUUUACUUGGGACCCAUCCUACUUUACGGUACCGAAUACGACCAUUUUAGUCCAGGGCAACUACGUCAACGAAACCACUGGCGAAGUUACUGACCAGGCCUUUGAAUCGCCUAAGUGGUCCGCGUCCUGGGGUUUCUGGAGCUACAAGAUUGAAGAGAGCUUGAUGAAGUACCAAUCUGCUAAGAACAUAACCUUGCAGCUUGCUACGUUAGCUACGGGCGGCAACGCCAGCCAAAUCAUCUCAGGGCCCACAGUCUUGAUCACUCAUUAUCCAGGCUACCAACCCGACACCGGCAAAACUCCUGAUAAGACUGCUUUGGCAAUUGCUUUGCCGACUGUGCUUGGUUUCGUCGCGUUAUGCCUAGUCGGAACUUGCCUCUGGAAUAGAAGAGCUCGCAAGAUUGGUCUCGGCAACAUCAUGUCUCGCGGUCGACACGGAUAUGGCGUUGGCAAGAGCGCUCGUUCUCGAAUGGGUCUGGGCAAGCGAAACAAGGCGAACGAGCGUAUUCAAUUGAUGGAGCGGGAGCUUGAAGCUGAUGGUGGUGACGUCUACCGUGAUAUGCCGGACCGCCCGAGACGAGACAGCGAUGCACUGGGUAGCCUGGCUGGAACUCCGACCGAAGAACGCCGUAUGGACUUCCAUGGCCCUGGUUCGCGAGACCAACGAGAUAGGAAUUUAUUCCGUGAUGAGUUGAGAAGACAGGAUAACGAGAGGCUCUAGGGGACCCUCUUGAGACCUACGCCGAGCAAGCAACCCUAUAGUAAGCUGGAGGUUGAUUUUAAUACGGCAGACAACAUCAAUCACCACUGAAUGAGACAUUUACAUGUAUGUGUAGAUGAUUACGAGCAUAUUAUUAUUAUACAUGGGCAUAGGUUACGUUUCAAUCACGACGUUGUUAUCAUGGGAGGGGAUGAAGGGUCGUGAUGACAGGCAACGAAGCGAGCAAAAUAAAAUUGAAAUUUAAUCGAAUA